AUGUCACUGCAAGACCACCCCAAGGCCUAUGGUGCGGCCGCCUUGACGGUGGCGUUUGCGACGGGCGUGCUGGUGACGCUGGGCCUCAAGGACGUGUAUCCGGACCUGGAGCGGCUGUACGAAGACAGGCGGAAGCAGAACCAGCUGCGACGAGCGAUCCGGCGAGCGGACACGAUUGCAUCGCGAGAGGAGGCACGGCGAAGAGGCGACAGCGUGGGCGUGCGUCUGGAGGACCACGAGUCGGAGGUGGAGCCAGAGGGCGAGGGCGAGGGUGAGGAUGGCUGGUCUCUGCUGGACGAAAGCCGGCUGCUGGACAGCCGGCUGCUAAGCAGGACGAGGCCAGCAGCAGGCCACAGCCGCAGCCACGGCAUUGCAGCGGGGCUGGCCGAUUGCAUUGGUGACACGCCGCUGGUACGGAUCGGCAGCCUCUGUGCGGCGACGGGCUGCGAGGUGCUGGCCAAGGCGGAGCUGCUGAAUCCAGGCGGCAGUCCCAAGGACCGGGUGGCACUCAGCAUGAUCCGCACGGCCGAGGCGGACGGGCUGCUGGUGCCGGGGCGCGGCGACACGAUCUACGAGGGCACGAGCGGCAGCACGGGCAUCUCGAUCGCGACGCUGGCCCGCGCUCUCGGCUACGGCGCCCACAUCUUCAUGCCGGACGACCAGGGCGUUGAAAAGUCGCGGCUGCUGCGCGAGAUGGGUGCCGUGGUCGAGCGCGUGCCCGUGGCCCCCAUCGUCGACCCGGGGCACUUUGUCAACCGGGCGCGCCGGGCGGCCGCCGAACACAGCCAGACACACACCGACGGCAGCCACGGCUUCUUCUCGGACCAGUUUGAGACGCCGGCAAACGCGGAGGCCCACCGACGGACGACCGGACCGGAGAUUGUGCAGCAAGUCGCCAGUCGGAACGGCAGCUCCAGACAGUCUGCCUUUGUCUGUGGCGCCGGAACGGCCGGCACGCUCACGGGCGUGGCCCGGUUCCUCAAGGAGGAUGCCGGACUUGGAGACUGGCGCAUCGUCGCGGCCGACCCGCAGGGCUCCGGGCUCGUCAAUCUCGUCCGCAACGGCGUCCUGUACGCGGCUACGGAAAAAGAAGGCACCCGGCGCCGGUCGCAGGUCGACAGCAUCGUUGAGGGCAUCGGCAUGAACCGCAUGACGGCUACGCUCGAGGCCGGCCUCCACCUCAUCGACGACGCCGUCGCCGUGUCCGACACACAGGCUUGCCACAUGGCCCGCUGGCUCGUCGAGCACGACGGCAUCUUUGCCGGCAGCUCGACGGCCGUCAACUGCGUGGCCGCCGUGGCUGUCGCCCUGACCCUGCCGCCCGGAAGCCGCGUCGUCACGCUGCUGUGCGACUCGGGACAACGCCAUCUCAGCAAGUUCUACAACGUCAUUGACGAGAUGAGGGAGGCGGAGGGGGAAGGGACAGAAAAGGCUGCAGGCAAGGACCUCUUGACCAUCCUCGGACUCGCGCCGCGAAGCCAGAAGUAA